UUAAGACCAUUGGUUUUAUGAAGUGAAUUACACCAGAGAUAGUUUUUGCAUUUUAGCUGUGUUAUGUAACAUUCCUCAGACUUCAUUUGAAUGUUUUCUUCAACACAACAAAGUCCCACGGUAACAAAAGCACUGAGGCCAAGAUCGUUAAUUGCAAUGUGGGGAGUGCAGACCAGCUGGGGUAGGGGAUUGUGCUCAGUCACGGUAAAAGGCAAACGGGUAAAUUGUGAAUACGCUCUUAAUCUAACUACAGCUUCUUGAAUUGUUGGAGCCGUGUGUAACAUAACGUUUUUCCACAUAUUAAUAUCACUACGUCUCGGUAUUUAAGUAUUUAAGACAUUAUGUUCCAUAGCGAUUUGUGGAGAUAAAUGCCCUCGGACAGUAGCGUUCAUUUCACAGUUAAGUCUCUUUAAGUCAUUGUUUUAUGUUAUGCAGGAUGAAUGUGCGAUUUUUAAUUAAUCAACCUUUAAGGGUUAUAUGCUUACGGUGUUGUAUACUAUUCUUGGUGUACAAGUUAACUUAUAAAAGUCUGUUCCUCUAAUUAUAGAAUAAUAUAUAGAAUAAUUAUACAAGAGCUAUUAUUAUUAUGAUGUUAUUAUUUAAUUGUGUGGGCCGUGUUGCUUGAUUACAUUUGACUCCUCGGCACGUGGGACGCUGCCGGUUUGAAAGACGCGGCUUCACUUGUUUUCUACACCAAGAUGACGAGAAACAGACGAAUGGCGAAAGCUGUCAGCUGGAGCAACGAGCAAUACUGGGCAACUUGGGACAAGUGGAUGGAGGUGAUUGACUGGGAAGAUGAGGAAGAGCUGUGCUCCCCAGCAGAAUCACCCUCUGACCAGGCUGACGGUUCCAUCGUAUCACACACCCGAAAGCCAAUUGCCAAGGCAAUUAGCUGGACGGAUGAUGUGUAUUGGGCAGCCUGGGACAAGUGGGAUGAGAUCAUCUGCUGGGGUGAAGAAGAAGAGUGCUCCCCAGCAACUCCACCCAUCAACCAGCCUGGGAGGGAUAAGGGGUUAGACAUGUAUGGGUUAGAGGUUUUUGUGUUAAAUGAAAGGACAGUCUCCAUAAAGCCUGCAGAUGACCACCAAGACAGGCUGAAAAUAGGAGCCGUAGUGGUCGACCUCUGCCAAUUUGAGCUAGAUAAUGUAAAUGGUAAAUUUGAAAUUGUCGAAAUACAAAUUGGAGAGGUCAAAUUGGAGGAGACUGCAGAGAGGGGUUCAAAUUCAGGAUUUGAAUUGGAAAUUAUGGAUGUGGAUAUUGAAGUUGUAGACAAUGAAUUCCAGCGGAAUGCUGUUAAUUGGGAAAUUGCUGGAACUAAAGUGGACAAAUUGUUAGUGGAACACCUGAGCAUAUAUGAUGUAGAAGCAGGCAGUGUGAAGGUGUCCACAUCAAAUGGGAAUGUGGUAUAUGUCAAUGGUAUGUGAGUGUGUUUGGUAAUGGUGUGUGUGAGGUAAUGGCGUGUGUGAGUGAAUGGUGUGUGUAUAUGAGAAUGGUGCGUGAAUGCUGUGGGAUUGAAUAGUGUGUCUGUGGUAAUGGCGUGUGUAAGUGACUGGUGUGUGAAUGGUGUGUGUGUGAGUAUAUGGUGUAUGUGAAUGGUCUAUGUGUGUGUGAGAAUGGGGAGUGAAUGGUGUGUGAGUGACUGGUGUGUGAAUGGUGUUUAUGAAUGGUGUGUGAGUGACUGGUGUGUGAAUGGUGUUUAUGAAUGGUGUGUGUGUGAGUGACUGGUGUGUGAAUGGUGUUUAUGAAUGGUGUGUGUGUGAGUGAAUGCUGUGUGAAUUGUGUGUGAGUGACUGGUGUGUGAAUGCUGUUUAUGAAUGGUGUGUGUGCGAGUGAAUGCUGUGUGAAUGGUGUUUAUGAAUGAUGUGUGUGUGUGUGUGUGUGUGUGAAUGAAUGGUGAGCUUGUGUGUGUUUAAGUGACUGGUGUGUGUGUGUGUGUUUGAAUGAUCUGUGUGUGUGGUAUGUGAGCCUGCCCUGUGAUGGGUUGGUGUCCCAUCCUGGGUUGCCUGCCUUGUGCCUGUAGCCUCUGGGAUCCAUCUGACCUCCUGUUCAAAAAGGCAAAUUGAUCCCCACAACCCUGAACAGAAGAAGCGGUUUCAGAAAAUGGAUGAAUGUUCCCAGAGGUGUGAGGCAACAGUGCUAACCACUGUACCAUGCCUAUGUAUAGCAUAUGUAGAAUAAAACUGCAACAGGUAAUCUGGUGUGUGUGUUUUUCACUCUCCCUGCCGGCCCCUGGAGGUUUGGGCUUCCCCUUUGAGUCUGGUGCCUCCCAAGGUUUCUUCCUUCUAGGGAGUUUUUCCUUGCCACUGUCGCCUAUGGCUUACUCACUGGGGGCUUUGGGUGGGGAUGCUCUAAAGCGCUUUGAGACAAUGUAAUGUUGUGAUAAUGUGCUAUACU